AUGUUCGACACGAUCUGCAACCUGCCCCUCAGCUCCGACCUCUUCGCGCAGGCGAUCCACCCCACGGAACCGCUCGUCGCUGUCGGUCUGUCAGCGGGUCACGUCCAGACGUUCCGCCUGCCGCCCGUCGCAACGUCAGACGACGACAACAGCUCGGUCCAGGACGCCUCCGCCGCGAGCGAGAAUGGCUUCGGGCAGAUUGAGACGGCGUGGCGCACGCGGCGGCACAAGGGCAGCUGCCGCAGCCUGGCCUACAGCGUCGACGGCGAGGCGCUGUACUCUGCCGGCACCGACGGCCUGGUCAAGGCCGCGAGCAGCGAGACGGGCCAGGUGCUGAGCAAGAUCAAUGUCCCGCGCAUUGGCAACAACAAUGAUGCCAUUGACCCUCCUUCGCUCCUCCACGUCCUCUCCCCGCAGACGCUCCUCCUCGCGACUGACUCGUCGCCGCUCCACCUGUUCGACCUGCGCGAGGACCACACCUUCCCUUCGCUGCGCGCGUCAGCGACGCACCACCCGCACGACGACUACAUCUCGAGCCUGACGCCGAUGCCGCCGUCGGCGGCCAGCACGUCGGGCUUCAGCAAGCAGUGGGUGACGACGGGCGGGUCGACGCUGGCGGUGACGGACCUGCGGCGCGGCGUGCUGGUGCGCAGCGAGGACCAGGAAGAAGAGCUGCUGUCGUCCCUGUUCGUCGGCGGCCUGGCCAAGAAGGGCUCGUCGGUCGGCGAGAAGAUCCUGGUCGGCGGCUCGGGCGGCGUGCUGACGCUGUGGGAGCGCGGCGUGUGGGACGAUCAGGACGAGCGCGUCACGGUCGAUCGUGGUCCAGGCGGCGGCGAGAGCUUGGAUGUCAUGGCUAUGCUGCCGGACGGCGUGGGCCCGGGUGGCAAGGUCGUUGCGGUGGGCUUGGGCCAUGGCCUUGUGCGCUUCGUGCGUAUCGGCGCGAACAGGGUUAUUGGCGAGAUCAGCCACGAUGAGACGGGCGAGGGCGUCGUCGCGCUGGGAUUCGACGUGGGAGGAAGGUUGAUCACGGGCGGCGGUCAGGUCGUCAAGGUCUGGCAUGAGGGCUACGGUGGUACUGGAGAGGAUGAUGUGGAUGAUGCGACGGAGGGCGCAAAGAGGUCGCUGGAUAGCGAUGGCGACGACGACGACAGUGAUGACGACAGCGACGCGGACAGCAGCGAGGAUGAGGGUAGGAAACGCAGGAAGAAGAGGAAGAGGUCCAAGGGCAAGGAUAAGAGCGGCGGCAAGCCCGUCGUGCAGAAGUUCACAGGCUUGGAUUAG